ACGGGUUUAAAGCACUAAAGCUAGCUACAAGACCCUGACUCUAGCUUCUCAUGGUCAUAGUACGAUCCGCUUUCGUCAAUGGCGGGGCCAUCAUCCCUAUUCGCUGGUCUAGCGACGCCAGACGGGCGCAGCAGCAGUUGUCAAGAACGUACUCGACGCAGAAACCGGGGCGUCCUAGUCCGUCGCCGAAAGUUCGUGCGAGGGCCUUCAGAGUAUACCCGAAACCAGCAGAGAAAAUCAUGUAUGAGAAAGCUCUGGAAGCUACUCAUUCUAGAAAAUCGAGCCUUUUGCGAUGGGCAAGCGAGAAGAUAGGUGGUGACUACGACAAUGAGCUAAAUAAGCGAGGCUAUGCUGGAAAAAGUCUCGAGAGGGUGCAUUUCAAGGCCUACUACUGGCCAGUCUGGAAAUUCUCUUGUUUCGCAGAGACUAGAGGAGACAACAACGAGACCAGCAUAAAAGCGAUCAUUGAUAUGCCAGAUCAUGUCAUUCCAGGCAGCCAUGUUUCACCUCUCUCUUUGCUACCAUUCGGAAACGCACCUUUCGAAGCCCAAUAUGUCAAGCCCUAUGAUCCUAAAAUCCACCUUACUCCGAAUGUCCAUCCGGAUCUUCGAAUGCCUAUAAGCACUAUUCCGUUCUCAAUUUCGCCGUUUGACGUGAUGGAAUUGGCAAGAAACUCGGCACCACCUAGAGUGAGGUUAAUGACCCAGUAUCGGGGUGGGAACGAGUUUUGGAUCAGCGCCAAGCAUGAUAUCAGAGAGGUUAUCGUAGCCGCAUACCCCGUGUACCACCCCAUUUAUGUGGCUGAGUAUGAUUUCGUCCUCCGCGAUGAUCUGCCUACCCGACGUAUAGCUGUAGCUAUGGACGGAUAUAAAGCACAUGGGAGCUCUACCCAUGAAGUCAAGGUAUUUAUACCUAACGUUCAUGACGAUUCGUGGAAAAGUACAAAUCGAGGAUACUGGGCAAAUCGGGAUGACGACCGGACCGAUCUCAACGAUUUAGGGGCGGACGCUUUCUUCCAAGGAUUUCACGAAGAGACCUUGUCCAUCUGGCUCAACCCGCCAGCGAGACCACGCACGCCGCCCACAAAAGGUCAAGAUAAGCGGACCAUCACUCUUGCGCCGCCUGCUUCCCCAUUGGAAUCAAUCAAGGUGCAUGAAUCAUCUAUACCUUGGGAUGAUGUGCGGAUACAAGAAUAUGGCAGUUCGGAUUUCUUGGCGAACCGGGCGUGGGUACGCUUGAACGCUGAGAAAUUCGGCGUAGACAUUGCUGUCAACCGCUACAAAGGUGAAGCUAUUGAGAAAGCCAUCAAGACAAAGAACAAGAACGUCAUGAAAGAGUUGGACCAAGACCCAUUUUACGCCUUCCUGACCGGAAAGGCUGACGAAAUGAAAGAACGCUGGCAAAGAGGAAAGCCGGACUGGUUGAAGAAACCAGGAAGUCUCGGCAAGAGGAGGAUCAAGCCCGAUCCUUCGGGACGAUUCUUGCAAUAAGGGAGACAUGUAGUUGUUACGAAUAUACACCAUUCCAUACUGCAUUACAAUAUCUUUGUACAA